AUGGUCACUAUUUCAGAAUUGCAAGAUUCUCUUGAGGUUGGGAAAUGUAAGAUCAUGUGCACCAUCUAUGCGGUUGACACAGACUGGUCGUGGUUUUAUUUGGUUUGCACUAGGUGUGAUAAAAAAGUAUACAAAAUUCCAAAGAAGGAAGAUCAAAAAAUGACCAAGAAGAAUAAGACCCUUUAUUCAUGUGAAACAUGUGAUGCAAAAGUGUCCUUUGUGAGUGCGAGGUACAAACUUCAUCUUUGCGUUAUGGACGAUACCAGAAAGAUCAAGUGUUUUCUUUUUGAUAGAAACGCACAAGAUAUUUUAAAUCAGAAAGCUGAUGAAAUUCUCAGGGAGAACUUCGAUGAGAUACAAGAACCGGAUGUCCUUCCUGAUGCACUGCAAAAUUUGAUUGGGAAGACUUUUCAGUUUCUGAUUUUUGUUAAGAAAGAAAAUAUAUACGGAGAUGCUAUAUCUUCGUAUGAAGAUUAUAAAUGUAAACAUGAGAUUGGUCAGAACUACAACGAGAAUAUUUUCGACCAUCAAUAUCGUGAAGGACAUGUUGAUUAUAGUAGUCUUGGUGUUGAUGAUACCAAAGAUAUGUAUGAUGAUGUCGUCUUCCCAAACAAACACUGGGAUUCAGAAGAUGAGUAUGAUUAUGAACAGCGGUUUGACUGUAGCAGUCUUGAUGGUUUGUCCGAUGAGGAAAACUAUAUUAUGGAUGAAGCUGGCGAAGAAAUUUCACCUGACAAUAAGGAACCUGAAGAUUAUGUUUAUGAUGUCAAGAGUUUAGCUACUAUGUUGCAAAAAGCGUUUUCUGUAGGAGUCUCUAAUAAUAAUAAUCCUUUCAGCGAAUAUAAAGGUAUUUCUUUCCAACGCUAA